CGCAUUGAAUUGAAGAACGAAGAAAGGAAGGAACUGUGAGUAAUGGAAAGAUAGUGUGAGUAGGCCAACAAGGCUUCCCCACCAUUCACUCACCCUCCUUCUUCUUCUUCUUCUUCUUCUUCUUCUCAUAAAUGCUUCCUAUUUCUCUUCCUAUACACUCUCUCACUUCAUCUUUCAUCAUUAAUCACUGACCCAUUGACUUACUUCCUCUCCUUUAUUCACAUGAUUGCUUCCUUCUUCUACUCUUGAAGAAAAGUUUGUUUUUUUCGCUCGGUUUCGGAAAUCCAAGUUCUGGGGUUAUUCUUUUCUGGUUCAGUAAGAUGAGUUCUCAGGAAAAGUCUCUGACUUUGGGUGGACAUGAACAACAACAUGCUGAUGCUGAUGCUGAUGCAGCAGCUUCUUGCAGAAGAACAGUUUCUCUGCCAGCUCAAAAGGUUGAUGAUCCAAUGGGGAUAACCGAAGAAACCAUGCAUGUUCCUCCAAGGAAGCGACAGAAUCUUCUCCUAGAAAUUCCCUCAAGAACUCCAGAAGAAUGCUCCCAAGAUUAUGUGGCAAUCAAAAUGCCAAUGACACCAAGUCCCACUCCCACCCCAAAGAGAGUGAACUUUCUCAUAUCUUCUCGCUCGGUCGAUGCUCCUAUGCAUACUUCUCCAGGGCCUUCAGCUUCAAAAGGCAGAUCAUCCAUAAGAAGCAUUCUACCGAAAUUGAGCUUCAGGUAUCGGCCACCAACGGAUACUGAAAAGGGUACUACUUCAGCACAAGAAGGUUCCUCUUCAGGUCAUCGCGAAAAGCCAUCAAUCUCAAGAUCACUAUCCCUUAGUAAGAUAUUUACUCCUAGGAUUAAAAGAACAUCAUCAUUACCACUAGGAGAAAUGGGACAUUCAAAUCCAGAAUCUGCUCAUGGUGGAAGUGUCGGUGGUCCUCUAAAUAAAGGAGAGCCGCAGCGUAAGAUAGCUCGCUCGCUUUCAGUGCCUGUCAAUAACAAAGAUAAAGGCAUAAGGAGGAUGGAUUCAUUUUACCGUAUUGUUCCUACCACCCCUCGAGUAAAGGAAGGAAAUGCAUUGUCAUCCACAUCCCCAACAAAGAAUUCCGAAAUUAAUGACGCUGAUGAUGAUGACGGAGAAGAUAUACCUGAAGAAGAGGCUGUGUGUAGGAUUUGUCUGGUUGAUUUAUGUGAAGGAGGUGAAACCUUCAAGUUGGAAUGUAGCUGCAAAGGAGAACUUGCUCUGGCUCACCAAGAAUGUGCAAUUAAAUGGUUUAGUAUCAAGGGCAACAGAACCUGUGAUGUAUGCAAGGAGGAUGUUCAGAACCUACCUGUCACUUUAUUACGGAUCCAAAGUGUUCGAGGCCGGAAUCCAGGAAUAAGUAGGACUCAGCUCGAAGAUGUAAACGGAUACAGGGUAUGGCAGGAAGUUCCGGUGCUUGUCAUUGUCAGCAUGCUUGCUUAUUUCUGUUUUCUUGAGCAGUUAUUGGUCACGAAAAUGGGAACCGGUGCAAUCGCCAUAUCUCUUCCUUUUUCCUGUGUGCUAGGCCUACUUUCCUCCAUGACAUCAUCAACCAUGGUGAAGAGCAGGUUCAUCUGGAUUUAUGCAUCUGUCCAGUUUGCACUUGUGGUUCUUUUUGCGCAUAUAUUUUACUCCGUGGUUCAUGUGCAAGCAGUUCUGUCAAUCCUUCUGGCAACAUUCGCCGGUUUCGGUGUGGUUAUGAGUGGAAGUUCUAUUCUUGUUGAGUUCUUUAGAUGGAGAAGAAGAUGGCAACAACAACAACAAGGUCCACAACUGAUGACACAACCUCGGCCUGCAAAUACGCCGCGUCCGGUGGUGCCUCCGAACCAGAAUCAAACUGUGGAACAAGAUCAAGAGAACUCAACUCAAAGCUGAAAUUUUUUUGUGAUUCUUGUGGUUUCUUCCUAAGGGCUUAUUGCUUUUCUUUUCUUGGAUUUGGAAGUAAAUUAUUGUGUAUAAGUUAAUCAAACUUUGUUGCUCUCCAUCAUCUACACUGAACUUCACUGUACAGCUUAUGGUUUAGAAAUAGAUUGACUUAGAAAAUAGAUGCUGCUUCUCUUUCCCAAAGAAUUUGUUUUUGUUUUGUUCUGUUCUGUUUGUAGUGAGUAUUUCAGCAAUGUUAGAACCAGAAGGCUUUCCAAGCCUUCUUUUUUGUAGUUUUGGGUGAGAGACAAAAGAUUGAGGAAAAUGUUUGUUGUGUUACAAGUUGAUGAUUAUUUUGAUGAGCUCAUACCAAAUGUAAUGAUGUAGUUAACCUAAAUAGAGUUCUAUUAUGCAUUUUUCUAAAGCAA